UGCACGUUGUAGUUGCGUAAGUUGAAAUGUUGAGCUGAGCUGAGUCGUCGGGUCUCCGCCCUUGCUCGGAAACUAAUGUCAAAUACGUGCCGACUCCAAAAGCCUUUUCCAAAUUAUACGCACUGAGAUGUGCUGAUUUCACUUCGCUGCAUUUCGUUUUACAACUUUACAACUGAGCCCCCCCUCAACCAGCGGACAUGGAGCUGGACCGGCGACUAUUGCUGGUUCACUGCGCCGUGCACGCCCUCUCCAUGGCGGCGGGGUUGCUAGUGGUCGUACCGAUGGCCCUCAACGGCUCCGCGUUCAAAGGCCGAUGCGCGCUCUUCUCCAGCGGCUACUGGAGGACCGAAGGGGUUCCGCAACCGCAGCCUGGUGAGCGGGAGGCAGGGGCCGUCGCCCGCCUUGUUGUGCAGCAGUGGGGCCCGCCGGCGGCAUGCCAGUUCGCUACCUUCGUGGGAAUUUUUACGGUGCUGUACGGGGCUGCGCAAGGGUGGAGAUGCCUCUUCUACCUCCACGGACGACAUGACGACACUUUGUUUUCAUCCUUCUUGACGGUGCUGCUGAGCGCAUGUAUGCUGUUCCUGUCAGGCGGUGCCAGCGUCAUCUUGUCCCUGGGCCUCGCCUCCUGGUGCGACACGGUCACCAACAAUAACUCGGAACCCUUCAGCUGUGCAGCAUCCCAGUCGGUUCUGCUAUAUCUGGACGUGGACACGUCGUCCUUCUACACAGAGCUCAGUCUGGCGCAGGCUUCGCUGUGGUUUGUGACGCUGUUGUGGUUGCUCCAGUCUACCUUGGCCUUCAUGCGUCUGUACCAUUCGCAUAACGGGCCAUGCAUCCUGCGGGAAAAGGAACUUCUUCUGAGGGAUGCCCCGUCUGAAGGCUACCCCUCUACCCCUCCGUCUUCCCCAGAAACCCCCACCAUCAUGGUCUGACGCUCUAAGGAACCCUUAAAGGAAGCUGACAGGUUUAUUUUUUGUACAUAUGGUGUGUGAACAAGCCCAUCAAAUUUCAUUAUAAGGUCAGGUAUAAUGUAUUGUUACAUUGAUGUAGCGCUGCAUGGAUUUGCAGAAUCACUUAUCUCUGGGUCAUUGUAGCAUCAGUAUGGACAGAUGUACUGUAUAUUUGUCAGAUUUAAUUUUUUUAAAUCAUUUAUUAAAAUAAACAAAAUAAGUAAUUCAUAAUAAAACAGAAGAAAUUACAUGGCAAUCUCAAUGGACAGAAUUGCUCAAAUUAUUUUUCCUUGCCACGUAUUUGCCUGGGCACUUGUUGCCAAGCAGAUUUUGUGGGGCUCUAUACCCUGUGUGUGAGACAGAAAAUUAUACACAGUUUUUAAUUUUGUCAGUGAAUCAUUGUGCUGUAUAAAAUAUUUUAAAAAUGCAUAUUUAAAAAUGAAAAACAGCACCAUAGGCUGGAUCCAGGGGCACGUUGCUACCUGAUUGAUCACAGCAGCCAUGAACUCCCACAGUUCAAGUGGGCAUAUUACCAGUCAGUAUCAUCAAUAAUGCCAACAGUAUUUUAUUGUGUUUACUUAUCCUUUGAAUUUGCAUUGCAUAUUAUUACAUCAAUGACAUCACUAGCUAGAGAAUGAUGAUGUUCAUGUGUCUCCAUUCUAUGUAAUGUGCAUGUUUGUUUACAGAAGAGUUUGCACUUUUUAUCUCCUGGUCAUGGAGAAAUUGUGUGGCGUGACGUCUGAGUUUUCGGAUGUAGCACUCAGAUGCUUUUAUAGUGGAGCAUGUAAUGUGGUGAGAGUGACUGAGCACCAUGUACAGUGAAACAGUCUCACUGUGUGCGCAUGAAGCCUCUCCCCUAACCCUUAUCUAUAUUUUGUCAAGUGACAAAAAAAUAAGCACAACUAUCCAUGUCUCUGCCAACGAUUUUUUUUAAAGUUAUGAUGCUGUCGAUGCGGAUGCGACCACUGUAAAUGAAGUCACAGAUGAAACUGUCCAUGUUGAAGUUUGUGUGGAACCCAGACGGGUCUGCAGACGUGCCAAUUUUGUUGAGUAACAAAUGAAGCAAAGUUGAACUUGUGAUGAUACAGAGACAGCGGAGUGAGGAGCAUGAAGAAAGCAGUGAUGGCAGUUAGUCACUUUUUUGUACUUUGUAACUUGAUAAAUAAUGACCAACAAUGUGUAGUUUCUACCUCUUGUACUUGUUUGUGUUCCAUAAUGUUCCAGGUUUUGCAAUGUUAUUGUCAAAUAAAGAGCUUAUUUUCAAAGAAA